AUGGACUCGCCGCUAUCCGAACUGGAGACCGCUAUCCGAACUGGAGACCCGGCGGUGGACCCGCCGCUAUCCGAACUGGAGACCCGGCGGUGGACCCGCCGCUAUCCGAACUGGAGACCCGGCAGUGGACCCGCCGCUAUCCGAACUGGAGACCCGGCGGUGGACCCGCCGCUAUCCGAACUGGAGACCCGGCGGUGGACCCGCCGCUAUCCGAACUGGAGACCNGGCGGUGGACCUGCCGCUAUCCGACCUGGAGACCCGGCGGUGGACCGCCGAUAUCCGAACUGGAGACCCGGCGGUGGACCCGCCGCUAUCCGAGCCUUUCCCAUGGCAAUUGGUCAGACAGGUAUAGCCCGUGAAACCAAAGGCACCACCAUGGAAAAGGAGAGCGAGGUUGUUGUUCGCCAACGUGCUGGACACCACCCAGUGGACGACAAGUGGAACAACCAGGUGGACUCUCCUAAAGACAAUUCUACAUUCCAUGCCAUUUUAAUUGUCCUGGCAAUAAUAGCCAUGUACAACUUUGUUGGUUCCUUAAACCUCAGAUCUGGCCCUUCUGGAGGUACUCUGAAUAUCAGCACAGUGAGUCCGGUCCUGAAAGUCACCAGCGACCGCACCUUCGCCAUCCGCAUGUCGAUGGACCAGCGCUACCCGUCACAUCCUGCGCGCUUUGACGACGUCCCCCAGGCCCUGAGUGCAGAGUGUCCGUCCAGCGGCAGGCACAGCUGGCUGGUGGAGGUUCAGGGACACUGGGACAUAGGAGUGGCCUACAAGAACAUCAGCAGGAAGGGAAGCCACGGCGUGAGACUUGGGACCAACAGGGAAUCCUGGAGCAUCCGACACGAAAAGUCAACGGGACGCCUGGUUGCCUUGCAUGACAACAUCCGGACAAAGAUCAAAAGAACCAUAGAGAGUGAUAUGAUACAGAGAAUAGUCAUUGCUGUUGAUUUUGAUUUGGGUGUCAUCACUUUUGCUAAGAGAGGACAGAAGCUGCAGAAUCUUUAUGCCUUCAAGGCUACCCUCAGUCAGCCUGUCUGUCUAGGUAUUGGCCUGUACAGUGUGGAUCCCCAAAGCACUGUCACUAUUGUGUAGUGUAGGGCUGGACUGUAGAGUAGAUGCUUAUCUAUGCGUAUGAGCCUCUCCUCAAACCAAGUUUUCUUCCACACAAUUUUACUGUAGACCUAAAUGAUACAGCAAAAUAUGAUAGCCGUCACGAUCAGUGUUGGGCAAGUUACUCAAAACUGUAGUACAUUACUGAUUACAUGUUGCUGUCUUUUCAAAGUAAUCCCUUGCAUAACAAUAUUACUACAUUUAAAAUGUUACACUUUUACACUACUUUUGCAUUACUUUAGUUGCUUUCGCCAAAAUAACUGUAGGCCUAAAUAUGGAUCUAGCGAUUUACAAUGUAAAUCAAGCUCAUGAGUAACGACUUUUUCAGCUCCUGUCCAAGAGGUGUUUUGGUAGUAUUCUGACUAAAACUACAAGGUUCAGCAUUAGCGUAUUUCUGACCCACCACAGUGAACACCAUUACUGUGUUACAGCAAAAAGUAGGCCUAAUGCAUUACAGUAAUACAUUACUUUCAUAAGGCUACGUUACUCCCAACACUGGU